AUGAGUUUAGUAAACACAGUAAUGCAUUCUUUCAAAAAUCAUAGUUUAUUUCGACAAAUUUUCCAAACUGAAAAUAAACUUAUUAAAUAUGGUUCUUUAGGAUUAGUUACUUGCUUAAUAUCGUAUGUUUUGGGUCCGGAUAUUUUUCGAGUAUUAUUUAGAUCAUCUGGGAACAAGGCAUCUCUAAGAUAUGACAAAUACACCACAGGCUUAAUAAACAAAGGAAACGAUUGCUUUAUUAAUUCAUCUUUACAAGGUCUUGCUGGUUCACAAAGAUUUAACCAUUAUCUAAACUCUGUUCUUCGAUGUCUAAAAUUUUUGAAUGAAAAUCCCAAGCAAGAAGGUAACAGGUAUGCUUUACCUUUACAUCAAGUAAUGGCAGAAUUUAUUUACGAUUUACAAGCCCCAACGUUUUUAAAUACUGUUGAAUCAUCAGAUAAGAUCAUUGUAACUAUGGAAAGCAUUUUCAAGCAAAAAAUGUCACGUAGACAAAAUGAUGCACAAGAAUUCACUCAAUUAUUAUUAGAAGUAUUACAUAACGAAUAUCAAGAACUAAUUCGAUUGAUGAAUUUUAUUACAAAUAACUUAGACAUUCCUACUUAUCCCUUUGAAGGUAAAUAUUGUCAUGAAUUGACAUGUUUGAAAUGUGGUAGAAACUCCGAGGUAAAAAUGUUUGAUUUUGAUAUUUUAACGUUAAACCUACCAGCCCAACCCUCGAUUUCCUUAGAUGAAUUAAUUUCUGGUUCAAAUUCAGAUGUUAUUGAAGGAUUUUCUUGUACAGUGUGUAAAGUCUCAGCAAUUCUUGGUGGCACAGGAACUCAUAACCCAAAUACUCGUUCUUUAAUAAAGUCAUUAAAAGAGAUUUUUCCUGAAUUGAAGAUCAACACAGAGUUAGAUGAACCAUUAAAUUCAUUUGUAGACUCAUACAGCCACGAUGGUGUUAUAACAAGAAAUAUCAAAAGUACCAUUGUGAAAAAGACAGUAUUUGUUGAAGUGCCAGAUAUAUUAUUAAUCCAUUUAACUAGAUCAAUGUUUAAUGGUAUGUCAUAUACCAGAAACGCUUGUAAAAUUGCAUAUGAUGAAAAGUUGUUGCUAGAACAUCAACUGGUAAUGGAUGGAGUCUCAGUAAUGAGAAACAACAUUCAAUAUACUUUGUCUUCCGCAAUUAAGCAUUCAGGAUCACAUUCCAUGGGACAUUAUCAAUGCUACAGAAGGAAAUUGUUUUCGAAGCGCUUUGAACCAAUAGAUUUGACACUAGAACCUUCUCCUGGAACAGGCAGGAAUAUCUCCAAAACCAACAAGGAAACAAUCACCUUCAAAAGAACUCCUACUGUUAAAAGGUAUCCAUUCUGGUGGAUAUGUGAUUCCCGUACUAAGGAAUGUCCCUUACGUUCCGUUCUGGAUGAACAAAAAUCGGUAUAUUUGCUAUAUUACGAUAAAAAGCAUUAA